AUGCACCAUUUUCCAGUCGCAAUGGUAACUGGGGCCACCAGGGGCAUAGGAAAAGCAAUAUCUCAAAAAUUAUCUCAAGAGGGUCUAAGUUGCAUUGUACUGGGGUCUACGAUCGAAAGUAUAAAACACAUCAAAAUUGGAAAAGAUCAUUUACAGUUGCAGUCACCCCACCAGCGGCACUGUGCAAUCGCAAUUGAUUUCAAGGAAUGGCCUCAAUGGGUUGCCAGUGAACCUUAUAAUGGAAUCGAAUAUGUUAAAGAUAAACCGCCCUUGGAACAGAAAUAUUCCACCAUGUUUGAACCAUGCGACAACUGGUCAGGUUAUGGGUAUCAUUAUUACGUGAACCUACUGAUCAAUUGCGCUGGCCUAACUCAAGAAUCAUUAAGUAUAAGGACGACUUCUUCCCAAAUUCAAGAUAUAAUGAAUGUUAAUUUUAUGAGUUCUGUAACAAUGACGAACCUGUGUGUUAAGAACAUGAUGAGGUCUCAAAGGAAGUGGCCAGAAAUUUUUACCAAAUCCGCUCCACCCACCAUCAUAAACAUUUCAUCGAUCUUACAGUCCGGGAAAAUGAAUAUUCCAGGUACAUCUGUUUAUUCCGCCUCUAAAGCCGCAUUGUCCCGAUACACAGAGGUCUUAGCCAAGGAAAUGGAACCAAGGAAUAUCCGCUGCCACACGAUAUCUCCAGGUUUGGCAAAGGGUACAGAUAUGAUCCGAAAUCUAACGGUGGCAUCCAAAGAGGCCCUAACGAGUGCUAUUGGCCCAAAAAGUAUGACUACGCCUGUUGAGGUAGCACACCAAGUGUGGUCCCUAUACAAUUUUGGUACCUUUAACAAGUAA